AUGGAUCAACUUCAGAGUCGGGUCGAGAAGGCAGACCUGCAGGAUUUGAUUGACAUAUGCGAGCAACUUUCUGAGGAGUGUAGGGGUAUCUCCAAUUGUCUCAAUACCAGCCCAGUCACUCUGGCUUCUCUCGCCAAGGAGUGUCGCGCGAUCACAAAUGCGCUUGACAGGUUACACGAGCUCAGCCGGUCGUUUGAAGGUGGCACAGAAAGUGUUCGGGCAUCAAACAACGAAUUCGUCUAUUCCGUUUCGAAAGAUGUGCAUGAGCUGAGGGCAGCACUGAAACGCAUAAAGGCUCCAGAUAGGGACAGCGGCAUUCACCUCAGCGAACCGCAGCUUAUCAUCGUCUGGAAUGAAGCAGCAUUGAAAGAGUAUCUUGCGCGGCUACGCACUCACCAAGCGUCUCUCCAUACCCUCCUCAAUGCUGCGACACGGCAAGUAACCUUCUUUUCUAAGUGCGCUGGCUCAAGGCUAACUCUGAGUAGUGCCGGUUAUAACUUUGGGGAAAAUGACAACAGGAGGCGCGUGAUUGAGCCAGAUAUUGGAGUAGAUGAGGCACUACGGAGCCUUGCUCGAAAGUUCACAGCGCCAAACCAACAAUCUGUCGUGCUACCUAGAGUCAGUGACUCUGCCGAGAUCCAGAUCCUACUUGAUACCCUUGUACCACCACCAGGAGUCAAUUACGUGAGAACCAAGGAUGCCGCAAAUGAACUGCACAAUGCCAUUGAGCGGAGCGAUGAGACUGCUGUCUUUCAUAUCCUUCUCGAACGCGCAGACCCCAACAUAAUGUUGGCUGGUUCAAUGCUCUCCCCGCUGCAUCGCGCUUUCGACAAAGGACAUAUGCUGAUCGCUGCUUUUCUCAUCGUGGCUGGUGCCGAUGUUGACGAGCCAACUACUGAUGGUCAUACAGCAUUGAUGAGAGGGAUCAGAUGCGGGUUUUCAGAACAAUUUGCAACUCUUGUGAUUCACAUGAAAGCCCGCGUCAAUGCGAUCGAUAACGAUGGAUGCUCAGCCCUACACCUCUCGGCCGCUUCAGAUGUUAUCGACGAUGAAACGCUCCCAGUCCUCAUCGACGCAGGCGCCGAUAUCAACCUUGUCGACUAUAAUGGCCAGACACCACUUCUCGUGGCGAUUCAGCAUAGUCGCUGGUCUGCGGCAACAAAGCUCGUACAAGCUGGUGCAGAUCUAGAGGUGCGAUUACCGGAUGGAAAGACAGCCCUCCACAUGGCUAUCGCAAUGCGCAACCAAGAGUUCUCCCAGGUGUUGAUAUCUCGAGGAGCAAACGUUGAUCGCGUACUCCGCGAGCAUACUCCCCUCACGAUGGCCAUCAACUCUCGAUGCACAGCUAUCACUGCUGUUCUUCUAGAUAGCGGUGCAGACCCUAAUCUGCCCAGCCGCAACGGAAACACACCUUUACUAGCAGCAGCAUCCACAGGGCAUGACGAAACUGUGCGAUAUCUCAUCGCCCAUGGAGCCGAUCCAGCAGCCACUCAGGGACACUCUGGGUACUCAGCGAUGCAUAUGGCAGCUCACAAGGACAAGCCUCACAUCCUCCAGCUGUUGUUUGAUGCAGGCGCACCUGUUGAUAUCUUGGAUAAGACAGGCGAAACCCCUCUACUUGUGGCAGCCAAGCUUGGCAAUGCGCAAAGUAUUUUUCGCCUGAUCAGACUCGGUGCUGAUGUCGAGCGAGUAGGACCGGACGGGAUGAGCAUUCUUUCUCACGCAGUCAAGAUGGGCGAUGUUGACCUUGUCACGGCACUCCUAGAGCUGGGAGCGGGUAUGCAGGUGUCAUCCAUGUUUCCUUCGAAGGGCAGUAAGGAAUAUCUGGUACCCGAGCCGCAGACGACCCCGAUUCACGUUGCCGCUCAGCACGCACGAGACGAGAUCUUACUGCGGCUUGUGUCCUAUGGUGCCUCCCUCGAGAGCACCAUCUUCCCUGGUCGGACACCUCUCUCCGUUGCUGCAUCUCAUGGGCACAUCUCGACAGUCCGGUUGCUUCUUCGACUCGGUGCAAAUACGCAAGCUUUAACAACACAUGGUGAUACGAUUCUUUUCCAGGCAUCGGCAAACCAAGCAACCCUCAAGCUCUUGCUACAGCAGGGAAUUGACGUGAAUCAUCAGAACGAUCGGGGCGCUACAGCUCUUCACUACGCGGCUCUUCGCGGGCACAUCGGGGGUGUGAGGAUGUUGCUUGAGAAGGGUGCUCGACAGUACCACGCAAACGCAGUGUGGGAUGCCUGGGAGGACAGAGAUGGAACCGGAGGUUAUCGACAGGGCACACCAGCUGGCAUGGCCAUGCAGAGAGGUCUGGAUAAGGUCGCGGAGUUGAUUGAGGGAUGGAAGUAUAAUUGA